GUGCGUAGGCCAAAUGUGCUUGCAGACCCAACUCGCUUGUCCUGACUGAUGUAACCUAUACAUAUCUCAAUGUGACAGAGCCGCGGUCUGCGCGCUGGACGUUUCCGCCGGUUGGGUUCCGUCCUCAGGGAUUCGCUCGUAAAUCGAGGGCUGGCUGCUGUUUUUUGCAGACCACUUUGUAAGCCGCUCCUGAAUGAACCAAGCCAACCGAACAAUGUCACAGCAUGCCGGAGGACUUCCAGCGAGCGACGGGCGCACGGACGUGAUGGGGAGCAGCAGCGAACGAUUGCCAGCAGGUUCUGGUAGCUGCCUACACCCUGGCUGCAGCGGAUUGUGCUGUCUGGCAAAAGCCCCAGUCUCCGACACCAUCGUCGUUUCUACCGCGGCCCCCUCCGCGGGUUGUGACCUGAAGCUGGUGUGCUGCGACGGCGCGCUGAUGGCCAGCCGCUGCGUGCUGUGCCGCGCCUCGUCCGUGCUGCGGUCAACGCUGGAGCUGGAGCUGCCGGAAGCAGGCGAGCUGCGCCUGCCGGCAGACAAGGCCGAGUCGUGGCGCAUGGCCCUCAGCUUGCUGAGCCUGGAGGCGUACCCGCUAUCGCUCGUGACAUCGGACAACGUCGUGGACCUGCUGCUGCUGGCCGACAAGUACGACAUACCCAUCGUCCGGGGCGCCUGUGCGCACUUCCUGCACCUGAACGCGCGGCAGCUAUCUCUAGUGCCGCCGCUGUCCUCUGCCUCCAACCUGCUCACCGCCGCCAGCCUGGUCAUCAAGUUCGUACAGCCGUACCCGGGGCUGCAGCAGUACGGCAGUACGGUACAGGCCCGACUGGAUGAUGAGCUGGCGAUGCUGAGGAUGCCGCCGGACGUGCUGCUGGCGGCUGUCCAGGCUGCGGGCGGCCCGGGCGCCCCGGACCGCGCCGCCUCCGCUCUGGCGGCCUGGCAGCGCGACCUGGUGCGGCUGACGUCCGAGCUGCACGUCCUGGUGGGCGCCGCCGACUACGCAGGCACCGUGGCGCCGGAGGUGCAGGCGGCUGUGACCUUGGGGCUGCUGGCGGCGGUGCGGCACAGCGCCUCCCGUGUGGCGCCCACGUGCGGCCGCUGCGGCGGCGUGCUGCAGGCGGGCCCAGGGGCACUGCACGCAGACUGCGCGGCAGCGCAAUACACAGACCUGCACACACGCGGCUGCCGGCUGUGCAAUGCGCCCAUGCUGCCCACCCAUGCGCGCUUCUGCAACUCGUGCGCCUACCGCAAGCACAAGAAGUCAUAAGGUGACACGGCGGGCGGCGGGGCGGGGCUGCGGGACGGGGCGUGCUGAGGAGGCCGCAUGCUUGCAAGGGCAGAAGGAAGGCGGGGCAUCGCCGGACAUGAACCAUGGGAGCAGGGUGAUGGGGUGUACAGUAAGGCAUGAGGCGUAGGCUGGAGAGUUCACUCAGCUUAGGCCGCGCGAUUGUGUGUAAGUGUUUCUACGUCAUCGGAAUAUGUGGAGAGCCCCGCGAGUUAAUUUGCAUUGCGAGAUAAAGUGGAGGGCAGCUUCACGCAGGAUGAGUCCCAGAUGCAGAGCAGGGCCUGUGGACCUGCAAGUUGAAGUGCUGACGAACAAUCAAGACAUGAUGGGUUGGGGUUGAUUGUGUGAUGAUGUCAUUGUGUUUGGUGUUACCAUACAGUAUGGUGGAAUUUGCGUGUAGUCAUGGCCGGACUAGAUUGUGCAUAUGAGCUAGGUGGGCACGGUAUGUCUGAGUGCGGAGUGUUGGUGUCAGCUGUUCCAAGACCGGCGGGGGAAUUGGCCGCGACCGCGUAGUAUCGGUGUAGCGCACGAGGCAGUCGUUGUUGCCGAGGGACAGCGUUGGGGGGCGUGGGCAUGCCGUGAGCUAGAAGCGGGAUAAAACCACUCGCCAAGUUUUGGGUCACUCACAGGCACUCGCCAAGUAAACGUGGUGACUUUCUCCCGGCUCUGAGACAAACUUGGUGUGUGGUUUAAUCCCGCUUCUAAAGUGGGCGCACGGCAUGCCAACACCGCCCCUCAGCAACUACCGUCUGCAGUCUGCCCGCGCUACACCGUAAAUUUUGGGGCGCGAUACGUGUCGGUUUGGGCGGGAAAGGCGGCAGGAAAGGCAGGCGGGAAGGGGGCAUCAGUUGAUGGGACUGUAUGGGACUCUUGAUGGGACCGGAUGGGACUUGCAAUGCAUUGGGCGCUGACUAACCGCACAUCAUCUGGCAAUUUGUUUCCACAGUUUGUUGCGAUAGAAGCGUUUCUGCGCUGCUACGGGUGGCUUGCUGAUCAUAUGUUGACAUUUGCGGUAACUCG